GCGCCAAUGCGCCGCCAUUUUCAUGAAACUUUACCGUGACUGUAAAUCGCGGAGACUGUGACGAGGAAGAAUUCCAGCGGACAUCGCACGCUCAUCGGUGGAUCGUCGGAAAAAUCGCGAGAACGGCGAGAAUAAUGUACUGGUCAGCCUGCUUGCACGAAGGUGACUGAGCUGGAUAAUCAAGAAUGCAAGCUAUGCAGGAAAGCAUAUGUACCAACGAUAUUGAGAGUUUGGACACGGAUACUCUCAUACCAGUGGAACUUUUGGCUUGUGAUGUCUCCUCUCAUUCGAGACCACAGGAUGCCUCGACUAUGGUGGAACUUGGUAAACAGCUUCUACAUAGUGCUAAAAAUGGUGACACUGAAGCUGUUCGUGAACUCAUGUGUAGGGGCGCACCAUUUACCACAGAUUGGCUUGGUACAAGUGCGCUCCAUCUCGCCGCACAGAACAAUCACAUAGAUACUGCUGAUGUUUUACUUAGAGCAGGGAUAUCAAGAGAUGCUAGGACAAAAGUCGAUAGAACUCCCUUACACAUGGCAGCAUAUGAAGGUCAUCAUCAGAUGGUACAGUUGCUGCUUAACUAUGGAGCAGACGUCAAUAGCAGAGACAUGUUAAAAAUGACUCCAUUGCAUUGGGCAGUAGAACGUGAACACAUAGAUGUAAUGCACAUUUUACUAGAUCAUGGAGCCGAUACGAGUGCAACUAGUAAAUUUGAGAAAACUCCAGUCAGUCUUGCAUUGGAGCAUGAUAGACUAGACUUUGUAGAUAUAUUACAACAAGAACGAGAGCUAAUAGGUAUUCAAACUCAUCAACAGAAUCAAGCUAAUUCUGUAGAACUGGAAGUAGCCACGAAUAAUUUAGUACAAUUAGAAGCUGCCAAUAAUAGCAAAAGUUCGAUAAUACAAGAAGAGGAACAAAAGUUUGGAAUGACACAGCAGCAACAAUCUCCACGUAAACGUAAACUUUCUCAAGCGCAAAUUGAGAAAAAACAAAAAAUGAUCUUUCAACAAAUUUCUAUAUCAUCAAAUGAUACAGAUGGCGAACAAGAAAAAGAAAUUGAAGAUGUUGAAAUAAUUAAUGCGAAUAAUAUUAUGAAUAAUAAGAAACAUAAAGAUAUCUUAUCGAUAGGCAAACAGUUUAGGUUAUUAGAAACACAUGGAAUCAGAAUGAUACCUGUAGAUGAUGAAUCAUCUAUUGUAGAAAAGGCAAUGGAAAGUGGGAGAACAGUAGUUUUAACAGAAGCCGGAAAAAUUGCUUUGAAUUUGACGAAAGGUUCGUCGAUUAAACGCCUUCAAGUUGCUUCACGGAAAGGACCAUCGAGGAAAGUUAUAACAAUUAGAGCAGACCAAAUUCAAUCAAAAAUUUUAAAUCCAAAUUCUAAUACAUCUACAUCACGAAGUCCAAAUAUUUUGAAAAAAGCUGUUGAUAACAAACCAAUGAAGUUAUUGGUCACAACAGUUCCUAACACUUCAACAGCAUCUACUGUCACCGAAAUCAAGAAUUCUAUUUCGACAAAAGAAAAAAUUGUUUACGCUCCAUCAAAGAUCGUGGAAUCAACAGUUUCACAAUUAGAUGAUGAUAUAGAAGAAAUUAUUGAAGACGAUAAUCCAGAAAACAGGGAGCCAGUAACAGAUAUAGCAGUACUGAAUAGACAAUUAGCAGAAGCGCGAAGACAAGCCGCCGAGUAUCGUAAGCAAUUACAAGAAAAAGAAAAGGAAGCGGAAAUAUAUAAACAGCAACUCAAGAACAUCACAGCGCAAAUAGCAUCUAAGUAGUUUUGUAUAAAUAUAGAUUUCAUAUUCGGUUUCACAAUUUGCAAAUCGGAUUUCUCUUUUUAUAUCAAAAAACUUUAUAGCUUCGUUUUUUUUACAACAUAUUGUGUAUUUUUACAACAUAUUAUCAAGUAAGUGAUUCAAAGUCCUCUCAAUCCUCUUUUUGUAUAUGAAUUUUGUUUCCACGAAUAUUAGAUAACAAUUUUCAUUAUUAAAACAGUUUUGUAAAGAAUACCUAUAAGAAACUGGCAAUUUCAUACGUAUUUAUGAAAUACUUCUCAAUAUUUACAUAAACUUAUUUUACUAUAUUUUAUAGUAUGCAUGAGUUCUACUUUUAUUAUGUGCAAAUAUAAAAAAGAUAUAUAUAAAAUAAAUACUUUAGUAAAACAUUGAUAACAAAUUACGGCCAGAUACAUGAAAUUGAAUGUAAAUGUACAUAAACCUUUUGCUUUCCACAUAAUGUAUUAAAUUUAAUUUAUUCGUGUUUUUCAGACUCAUACUUGUAUAGAAUGAGAGACAUUUUGUAACGUAAAUUAUCUUGUUAGUUAAAAAACAUGUUUUUUAUAAAUUCUGCUUAAUUUUGAGA